AUGUUUUUUUCAAGGUCAAAACCGAAGUAUUAUCCUCAGAUCAUUUCUGGCGGAUUCAAUUUCUUUUUAUUUUACAUAGUUUCAGUUCUUUUCAUUGAAUUUUUUGAACAAUAUCUAAAUUUUAGGCAGUUUUUAAACAUCAAGUACCAGCUCAGUUUGUCUACUCUAGAGAGAUCAAAAUUGGCUAAGGGGAAUCAUUUGAUUGAAAAGAAGUUAUCUGAUCAAUCCUAUUCGGCUAAUUUGGAAUAUGCUAACGAUAAAAUUUUGUUCCAAAUAUUUAGUUCCCUUAUCUCAACUAUCGUAUCUACAUUAUCAAUAAUCUACAAUGUAGAACCCAUGAUAUGGAAUUUUUCACAAUCACUUUAUUACUCUGAAUAUAAGGCAUCUUUAGUAUUUGUGUCAAUAUUGGUCAUUAUUAACACUAUUGUAGAUGUUCCAUUUGCUCUAUAUUCUGAUUUUGUUUUGGAAGAAAAACAUGGGUUUAAUAAGAAAACUAUUGGUUUAUUUGUGAAGGAUUUGUUUUUAUCACUUAUUGUUCAAGGCGUAUUUGGUUUACCAGUUAUGUUGGUCCUUAUUUACCUUGAAAACACCGUUGGAGAUAAAUUCUAUAUCUAUGCAUUUGUAUUCAGCAUUGUGUUUUCACUAAUAAUGGUUAGUAUCUAUCCAAAUGUUAUUGCGCCUCUGUUUCACAAAUUUACGCCCCUUGAAAAUCAAGGGUUGUCAAGCAAAAUAUACGCCCUAGCUAAAGAAAAGAAUUUCCCACUCUAUAAAAUAUUUCAAGUGGAUGCAUCUAAGAGAACUGGGCAUUCCAAUGCCUAUUUUUAUGGAUUUUGGUGGUGUAAACGUCUGGUUCUAUAUGAUACCAUUUUGACUGAAACAGAUGAACAAAUUGUUGCUGUCGUUGCCCAUGAAAUUGGACAUUGGUGGUGUAAUCAUUUAGUGUAUUUGAUGUCUUUGGGUUGGGUUCAAAUGUUUUCCAUAUUCUACUUCUACACGGCCUAUAGACAAACUGAUGCUAUAUUCAAAUCAUUCGGUUUCGAGGGAUUGCGCGGUUUUGUUGUCUCUCUGACGCUAUUUUUAAGAAUUUAUUCUCCCAUUUCAACAAUUAUUGCAUUUGUUAUGAAAUUUUUUUCCAGGAAAUUUGAACAUCAAGCAGAUGCCUAUGCUGUGGAGUGCGGAAAGGGUACAGAUCUGAAAUCAGCAUUAGUGAACAUUUUGUCCGCAAGCAAAUCCCUAUUCUUUCAUGAUCCAUUGUAUUCACUUUACAAUUAUACCCAUCCAACACUAACUGAAAGAUGUGAUUAUAUCGAUGAAUUACAGAGGACAACUAAAAAGGGCAAUAGGAAAGAUGGCAAAUUUGAAUGA